UCUGACCGAGUAUAUAGAAAUUGGUGAAUUGAGUGAGGAUAAGAAGAGAGGGGAAAUGGGUAAGGUUGUGAGGAGUGUAUAUGUUAUGGCAUCGGUGAUGGUGCUUAUGAUGUCGAUAGAAGUGAUGGGGUUGGUGGAGAGGGCUUGUCGGGAUAAGGAUGGUAAAUUAGUACUUAACGCGAGGAAGGCAGGAUGCGGUGGAUUUGGUGCCGGUUGGGGCGGAGGCGGCGGUGCCGGUGCCGGAGGAGGAAUAGGAGCCGGAGGAGGAGUUGGUGGUGGAGAAGGAGGAGUAGAUGGAGGUGGAGGCGGAGGUGGACGUGGAGGCGGCGGUGUCGGAAGAGGCUUCGGUGGCGGUGGAGGAGGAUGUGGUCGUGGAGGCGGAGGCGGCGGUGCCGGUGCCGGAGGAGGAAUAGGAGCUGGCGGAGGAAUCGGUGGUGGUGUCGGAGGAGUAGGAGCUGGUGGAGGAGUUGGCGGUGGUGUUGGAGCCGGAGGAGGAGUAGGUGGAGGUGGAGGCGGCGGUGUCGGAGGAGGCUUCGGUGGAGCUGGCGGAGGAAUUGGCGGUGGUGUCGGAGGAGGAAUAGGUGGUGGGGUUAGAGGCGGCGGUGUUGGAGCCGGAGGAGGAAUUGGUGGCGGUGGUGGAGCCAGAGGAGGAGUGGGUGGCGGAGGUGGUGGUCGCAGAGGAGUCAGAGGUGGUGCAGGUGGUGGAGUCGGUGGAAAUGCUGGUGGGGGUAUAGGAGCAGGUGGUGGCGUUGGAGCGGGAGGAGGAAUUGGCGGUGGAGCCGGUGUUGGUGGUGGUGGAGGACUUGGCACCGGUGGGGGAGUCGGAAUUGGAGGUGGUGUCGGUGCAGGCGGAGGAGUUGGUGGCGGUGCCGGCGGAGGAGUCGUUGCCUUGCGUGCGAUUAUUCGGCCAAUUUCAAAGAGAUGCCCGAAUCAUUUCAAGAAGAGAAGAAGCCAUAUCGUGAACCAAGAUUCUAGAAAGAUUCUGAAGAGGACAAGAACACCACACAGGAACAUUUACAGGAGGAGGACAGCGAAGCCUAUAGAGAGAAGGAUCAACGCUCUGAAGAAGCUAAUCCCGACACGUGAUGAAUCAAUGGAUGUCGAUGAACUCUUGGAAGAAACAGCCAACCAUAUUGUAUCAUUACGACACCGGAUUGAGGUGAUGAAGGUCAUGGUUGUGGCCUUGUCGGGUCCUAACUCCUAA